AUGAAUUUUUUCAAAUUCGGCGAAGCAUUCCCUGAAAGCUGUUUCAAAGUCGUCAAUAACACCGUGUCGUGUGAAUCGUGUGAAGCCAACCUGUAUUUCACGCGAGAUCUGCAAGAAAUCAGACUGCAUAGAAGCUGCUCUGAAACAAAAUUGCCAUAUUCAAGAUCAUAUGCAAGUGUAUCCGGUAUACCCGAUUUAGGAUUUCGCUUGGGUCUGGUUAAAAACAAAGAUAGAAGCAACUGCAGAACUCCAGAUAAGAUGUUUGACGUAACAAGUUUAACCACCCACGAGAAAAUUGCUUACAACAAAGUCAUGAAAUAUUGGAGGAGUUCCAGAUGUGCUAAGACGCAAUGUGGAUCCUGUUAUAAAUUGGCCAACGUCGACGAGCCAAUCCCAAAUAAAUGCUUCAAAACCUCACCGCUGAGAUGCUGCAGAGAAUGUGCUAUAAUGGUAGGCUUCAAUUUAAAAGAUGGUACUAUAUUUUUGGAAAGGGGAUGCACUUAUGGAAAAAUGAAUACGACAGAUAUCGGAUACCAUCCCUUAAAUGCAGACAUUUUUAUGGUCUCCCAGGUAACGGUCAAUAAACAACACGGCAACAGUGGAACUUUGAAGGAUGUUCUCGAGGGACCACAUAUGACUAAAAAUUAA